AUGCCGGGUGUCGCAAUUCCGUCGAGGCCAUCUCACACCCCGUUACGCGACAAGCAUCUCUACCAUCCCGAGAUGCACUCAGUCACAGAGCCCGGCACCCCACUGCCGGCCUACUCUGCCGCUGUGCAGAGGAAGAGUAGCGCGCCGAUGGACGUCAAGAGCACCACUAACACCGCCACGAGAGGCGUGAAAGGCCGAGUGGACGAUGGCCCGUUGAGCACGAUGUGGAAGACGUAUUUUGGAAAAGCGUCGACGGAGGAGGCGGCGUUGACUGUGCAGGCCAUUUCACAUCUUUCCGGGAGUGGAGCGAGUGUGGAGAGGGUGGAGAAUGCUAGCUGGCGGAUAUGGUCUCGGAAGCCAAAUGCGGUGAAUGUGUCGCAAGAGAGGCUGGUGCCGCCAAAUUCCGGCCCGCCGACCCCUCCCACAUCACCGAAAAUAUUGCCUGCACCAGUUAUGACAAAUCGGUUGGAACCAGCACAGGAUCUUUUACAACCACGACCACCUCCGCCACCACCACCACCACAGCAGCAAUUGCUACCACCAAGUCUUUCUGAUCAACAACAGUUGUCCAUACCCGGCCGUCGUUCCUUCCUAACAUCCUGCUUCCCAAGCUCCAUCGUCGAGCUUCCUAUCACCGUCUACGCCCGCUGGAAGAAAGACUCAGUCACAGGCAUCUCCUCCCUCCUCGGCGAAUCACUCGCCGAUCUCAUCACAGCCGCCAUUCACCGCGCCGAAGCAAGGGGGUUCAUCGAUACCUCCUCGGGGUGGGAGCCACAUUACCAUUGUUGGAGGGGCCGGCCAAUGGCGUGUCCAGGAUCCUUCCUGAGGAGGUGGAAAUGGCUGAGGAUCAUUUCGAGAGAGGAUGGGCAAGGAGAUGGAGCGCAGGUAGAACAGGAGUGUCCCAUCGACAAGUUUCUUUUGAGAACCAAUGCGGGCGUCGGAUUAUCGGUGGCCUCGCUGGAGAUGCCUGCCGCGCCGCCAAAUAGCCCUUCAUCAUUCGAUUCCCCAUCUUCCCCGGAAACGGUUCCUUGUCGCAGCGAACCAAUUCCCAUUACGCCGUUCACCAAACAUACUCUCCUCACGCCACCGGCAUCGCACACCUCCCUCCUUUCGCAACUCAUAACGUCCUCUCUACGCAACCAGUCCUCGACGCAAACCGCGGCCGAACGGCGGCGCAUGAUGCAGUAUCUGCGCCGUCGAGCCAUCGAAUGCGAGGACGAGGACAAGCGGGGAAUGGAUGUGGAGACGUACUUGCAGCUCGUGGACGCCUGCGAUGGCGCCGCCGUGGCCGCUGCGGCUGGUCCCGGCGCCGGUGGGAGGAUGUUUGCGAGGCGACCGGAGAUGGUCACUAGGCCCGGAGACGCCGGGGUUGACGCGUUUGCGGGCGACCAGGAGGGAAGGAGGCGGGUUACGGAUACCGCCGAGAGUUUGAUUGAUCCCACCUGGCUUCCACGCGGCACGGCAAGUCGUCACCAUACGAAUCCGCGACGUGCGGUCACAUUCGACGAUAGCGAGCUGGAUAGUUUCUUUGUGUGGUGA